CACCAGCCUGUGAUGUAAACGCCUCUUUGUCCCCCCCCGCUCGCCGUAGUGAAGAUGGCGGCCGCGGUGCUCGUUAGCCGUCCUGCGGGUGUCCUUCCAAAGAUCUCCAGCAACUGUUCCUCUGCUGUCUUCGCUGCUGCGUCCGUCACCGCAGUCCAGCAGAGGAAGCUGCACCAUGCUGUCAUUCCAAAAGGGAAAGGAGGCCGCUCAUCAUCAAGUGGAAUAGCGGCCACAGUGUUUGGUGCCACUGGCUUCCUCGGUCGAUAUGUGGUCAACAGACUGGGUCGAAUGGGCUCCCAGGUUAUAAUCCCUCACCGCUGUGAUCAGUAUGACCUCAUGUACUUCAGGCCCAUGGGUGAUCUCGGGCAAAUCGUUUUUAUGGAGUGGGAUGCGAGGAACAAAGACUCCAUCAAACGAGCUUUGGAGCACUCUAAUGUCGUCAUCAAUCUGGUGGGCAGAGAGUGGGAAACGAGAAACUACCGCUAUGAAGAUGUCUUCGUAAGCAUCCCUCAGCAGCUUGCAAGGGCAGCAAAAGAAGCUGGCAUCACAAAGUUCGUGCAUAUGUCACACCUCAAUGCUGAUAUACGCAGCUCAUCCAAAUACCUGAGGAACAAGGCUGUAGGGGAGACGGUGGUGAGGGAGGAAUUUCCUGAUGCCAUCAUCAUGAAGCCAUCUGAGAUGUUUGGGAGGGAGGACAGAUUCUUCAACUACUACGCAAACAUGCGCUGGUUUGGCAAUGCAAUUCCACUUUUGUCCAUGGGAAAGGAUACGGUGAAGCAGCCCGUUCAUGUGGUGGAUGUGGCAAAGGCCAUUAUCAAUGCAGUCAGAGACCCCGAUGCAAAUGGAAAGACAUAUGCACUCGCUGGUCCCAAUCGUUACCUUCUCCAUGACCUCGUGGAGUACAUUUACGCCGUGGCACACAGACCUUUUGUGCCGUACCCGUUGCCUCGCCCUCUUUAUCACUUGGCUGCACAGUUCUUUGCGUUCAACCCUUUUGAGCCCUGGACAACACCAGACAAAGUGGACAGGUUUCACACCACAGACAUGAAGUAUCCCGGACUCCCUGGUCUGGAGGAUCUCGGCAUCACCGCUUCCUCUGUGGAGCAAAAGGGAAUCGAGAUCCUGCGUCGCCACCGCCGAUUCCGUUACCUGGAAGCCGACAUGGAUGAGACAAAGCCAGCCAAGACUGUAAACUAUUAAAAUGCACAAUGAGGAAUAAAAAAAAAAAUGCUUUGUCUUUAACUGUCUUCUGUAUAUAAAUAAAGAAUUAUCAACA